UUCGCGCCAUAAGUGAGGCUUUGAUAUCGGCAGUGUGCUGAGAGUAUUUGGAGAUGGCGAACGCCAAAAUUCGGUCUCUAUUGAAAAUGAGCGACAACGCGCGUGUGUGCAAGCGGGAGGCGAAAACGCCCGCCGACGCCGAUGAAACAUAUUCGCGAGACGCUAAUAUUUCAGAAGCGAACGUGUCCGCCCCUCCACCGCAUGACAGUGACCCAAAUGGAGCGCCGGCGCAGUCAGUUCCGCGAGCGCGCGACAUCGCGUCCGACGCUCGCGCUGACCGCACCGCACGCGUCGCGGACUCCCGUCGCUAGCGUUUGUGUGUUCACUAUUGGAUAUUGCCGUGUCAAUGCAGUGUGUGAGCACCGGCGCUGCGCCGGAUAUGUGCCGCGUUCACUAGGACCGCGAUCCCGCCAAGAUAAUCGUCACAAUAUACAAAUUCAAGAAAUGUUAAAUAUUAAUAUGACAAGAUUAAGGUCGCGUGCGAAGUUGCUUUGAAAAAGAGCGCUGAAACGUGUCGGUGGCGCCGCCAGCGCGCCAAGCGGACAGCGCCGGUCCAAGCGGUUCCCGCCGAAACAGGCGCGGUUAUGGCGCGAAGGCUUGCGAUUGGUCGGCGGCGAGGCAGUGGCGGCGCGCAAGGCCGCCGGUUUUCCCGCGAACAAUGCCAAAUGGUGCAUUUGUCAAGGUGAGUUCGUUCACCGGCGUCGCGGGCGCCGCUCGCUCGCUCGCGCCGGCCGAAGGUCGUCGGAAGGCAGCGCGCGUUUGGUGUGCUCGCCUCGUCCGCGCCAUCGAGACACCUUAAUCGCUAAUACACUUCUACAUUACAGGUGAAAUAAUUGCUGUUCUCAUACUCCUUGUAAUUUAUAUAAAUAAAUAAAUUGAAUUAAAAUAAGUAAUCUGGUAUCGAGUGAAAGUUUGUUUCCUGCGAUAUUAAUAUUUUAAAAAGUUUUCAGUGUUAGUUAAAUUGGUAAGUAAAAGAUUUUAACACAUGUUUUGACACAAAUUUACAGUUUUUUAAUGUUAAAAAAUUAUAAUGUUAUAAUUUUGUUAGUUUUAACUGAACUAUAAAACGUACGUCACAUGGCAGAAGAAUCAAAAAUAAAUUAGAAAACAUGAACAAAGAAGAAAGAAAAAGUAUCAAGUGCUACGCCCGGACGAACUUCCCAGUUCGGCCGACAUUCACGGGUCGGUGGGAUCUUCGUCCGUUUGUAUCGCUUAUACGUUUUAUCAACGACAUGUCAAGACAUGAACGCGACGGCCGAGGAAGCAAGAAGAAAAAGAAAUAUUGAAUUCCACGAGAAACCAUAUUGCUAUGAGUACCGCGAAAGUAUCAAUAAACUGGCAGAACACUUCAAAUACCUUUGCCCGCUAACAGGUUAAGAAGUGUUGCGAAUUUGUUGAGCGCGGGAAAAUAGUGGCGCGACGGAGGCGGAGGACGCCUGCAAAUAUUAGCAUAGACUACGCUGCACAUCACGUUUUCCUUUUACCUUUUUUUGUUUGUGUGUUGAUGAAUAACAUCCCGAACAAACUGAAAGUAGCUUUCGAUUUUAACAGCGAAAUAUAAAAUUUAAAACACUAAUCUAUAUUUGUUUAUUUAA